AUGUUCGUCAUCACCGAUGAUGGUCCCAAGUUGCCCUGGGAACUGGACGAAGUCGGCAGCAGCAGCAGCACGCCUCCGAGGGUGCCAGCCACCAAAGGCUACAGUGGAUCAUCAAAGACUCACCUGCACUUGGGCCUGCGGCCCUGGGAAGAGCCUCCCUGUGAGGAGAGCGGGCCCGAGGCUGGAAAAGAUGAUCCUGGCCGAGCCCAAGCUACCGAAGGCCCUUCGGAAGAAUCUCGGCGUCUGGAUGCCAGUCUGCUUCCCCUGGCCGAGAGGGGCGACAGCGAGGCCCUCAGUGCGCAGCUGCGUCAAGGAUGCGAGAUCAACAUAUUUGUCAGCGAAUUCCGCUUCUACCCAGGUUCCUUCCGGAUGUAUGGCACCGACUGGACGCCCCUUGCGGCAGCCGUGGCCGGAGGUCACUCGGAGGCCACGAAGGUCUUACUGGAAAAUAGGGCCGACGUCAAUGUGGUUUGUUGCUGCUGCACGGCUAGUGGCCCAUACAGCUUCUGGACAGCCUUGGACAUUGCACGCACGGGAGACACAUUGCCCUGCGAGCGGGAUCCUGAGAAGCAGAAGCAGCCGAGGCAUCCGAAGAUCGAGAAGAUGCUGCUAGCUGCCGGAGCGAAGCCGUCAACGAAACUGCCAGAACCCCCACGAAUGAACACUUAUGGCAAUCUGGCUGAAAAGGGAGAGCGCCAGAAUCCUUGCUUGAACGAGCAUGGGUUUCCACUUCGCCCGAAGCACCUCUACACCGAAGAGGAGGAGGAGCGGUUGCGCAGCGCGCCGGGCGCUCCCAAGUUCGGAAGCCGACCAGGUGGUGGCGGUGGUUGCCCAAUGAGCAGUAUGGGCGUGUUUGGGAUCGGCACGAGCAAAGACGGCAGAAGGAUCUACACCGGGGAUGCGUUCUCGACGACUAUCGGCGCAUGA